GUCAGCGACAUGACCGCACCUGUUCUUAAGGUGUGUGCUUCUGUCCACCGUAGGAUGUAACCUUGAAGGGUGCCUACCGGUUGCGGGUCGUCGGGGGCGACGGCUGUAGGCAGGCUGGGGUGAUGGGUGCUUGUCACGGCCCUCGGCUGGUGGAAUUCCACAAGACGCCCGCCCACCUGCAGUUCAACAAGUACGUCCUGACGGGCUACCGGCCCAUCUCCAGCGCCCAGGAGUGUCUGCGCAGCCUCUUCUACGUGCACAACGAGCUGGGAAACAUCUACACACAUGGCAUCCCCUUCUUCCUCUUCCUGGUGCUGCUCCCCCUCAGUAUUCCCUGGGGGGAGGUGGACAGUGUGUGGAUCUGCGUGGUCCACUACCUGGCCUGUCUCUCCCCCACCGUGGGCUCCGUGCUGUACCACCUCUUUAUGAACCACGUGGGGGGAGAGGGGGUCUACGACAACCUGCUCUCCCUCGACAUGUUCGGGGUCUGCCUGGUCAACACCCUGGGUGCAUUACCCAUCAUCCACAUCACCUUGCUGUGUUACCCGGGCGUGCGGCAGCUAGCGCUGCUCAUCUACAUCCUUCUGUCCGCCUACGGCAUCUACUGCGCCACCACCGCGCGCACCAACGUGCUGCGGCUACGGGCCUUCGCGUGGCAGGGCGUGUUCCGCCUCGGCCUCUUCCUGUUCCGGAUGUUCGGCCGCGGCGUGGGCAGCCCUCGGUCGCUCCGGCUCUUCUUCACCAUGGACGCGCUGGCCGUGCUGGGGGGCGUGGUCAACAUCGUGCAGGUGCCCGAGAGGCUGAGCCCGGGGCUCUUCGACAACUGGGGCAACAGCCACCAGAUCAUGCACGUGAUGGUGGUGUGCUCCAUCGUCUACCUGCACUGGGGCACGCUGGAAGACCUGGACUGGAUCAAGAGCUUCGAGUGUCCCCUGGAGUGAGGUCACAGUGGUGUAGGAGCAGCCCUGACGUCGUUAAGACGUAGAGUGGCCGAUAUGAGCCGGCUGGCCAAGAUAUAUAUGAGGAUAGAUUUGGAUUUUGACGAGAAGA